UCAAUUAAGCGUCUGUCUUUGGCUGCGCCCAGAUGCGGAAUUCUGGGGUUGAGCCCGCCUGAGUACCACCUUCGCCCCGCCUCCAGCACCCAGAGCGCCUGGAGCACAGGUAAAUCACUCCUCCACUCCCUUCUGAAUCCCUCCUGGGAAGCUCGCGGAGCUUGCGAGCACGGGAGCAGCCACCGACCCGCCUGGGGCUCCGCCCCGGGGCUCCGCCUGGCAAGUCCGCGAGCCUCUCCUCCGCGGCCGCCAGCUCCAUGCUCCCGCGCCCUCUCCUCUCUCUCUCUCAAAUAAAAAAAGAAGAAGAUUGGAAGAAACAUUGCGAAGUUUCUCCUGGACCUGCCGAGAUGCAGUCCCACCCGUGUGAAACAGACGUGAACUCCGGCGAACCUCGGGCCCGGCUGCAGGAAGCGCGCCCCGGCUCCCGGCCCGCGGGUUCGUUCAGAAGCCGCCGCCGGCUCGGGGUCGCCGCGGAGCCCACGGGAGCCACCAAGUUGACGUGGUGUUUGCGGCUCCCGUUUCUGCUACUGAUUCUCGUGCGCAAGAUCAAGGCGGCGCCAGCCGAGUUGGUCGUGGGCGAGACGCCGGGCGGAGGAGAGACAGCUGCUCUCUCGCUUUCCUACAAUUUCUCCAUCACAUCUCAGCCCAGGCCUGGACCAUCAUGGUGUGAGAUUCAAGGCCAGGUGAAUGGAAACAAGUUUCUUUCCUAUGCCUGCGGGAGCAAGGAGGUCAAACCUGUUGGUUCUCUGGGGAUGAAGCUGAAGGACACAGCAUUCUGGGACACACAGAGGGAACCUCUGAAAGACCUGGAGGAAGAGCUCAGAAAGAAACUGCUGGACAUCAAAGCAGAAAUUUUCACUAAAAGCGAUUCUCUCACCAUGCAGGGCAGGCUCAUGUGUGAGCGUGGGGCCGACGGACACACCAGAGGAUCCUGGCGGUUUGCCUUCAAUGAGCAGUUCACCUGCCUCUUUGACCCGGAGAAUAGGAAGUGGACAGUGUUUCCUCCUGGAGGCCAAUGGUUCAAGGGCACGUUGGACAAUGACGGAAUGCUGACCAAGCUCCUCAUGGGGACCGCAAACGGAGACUGUAAGAGCUGGCUCCAGCAUGUGUGGGAGCGCUGGGAUGAAACGCAGGAGACCACAGUGGCACCAACCACGUGGCAAGACUCGGCCCCGACCAGGAACAUCAGGAUGGUCAUUGUGAGCUCUGUAGUCGUUGUUGCCAUUGUCGUCAUUAUAAUUUGCAGUCAUCAAAAAUCAACACCUGUGUGGAACUUCUUUAGAAGGACAGGCUGCCAAGGCUACCAAGAAGCCCCUGAUAGUGGGGACUAGCUGAGAGACUCUGCUUCUGGGCCAGCUGCCUUUGGAUGAGCUGCUGUUCAUCAUUAGACCAAAAGCACUUCUAAGUUUACAAUUCCAGAGACUUCAGUCCAAUGACCUGGUGCAGGACACAGAACCUCCCAUGUUCCUUCUUGCAUUUCGUGCCUCUCCUAUUCAGCACUUUCCACUGGCAUAUUCUAUGCCGUUUCCUGCCGGUGCUAAGUGAUGGAAUUCCUGCACUGAAAUUUUAGAUAUUUGACAAAGGAAUCUCAACAAAGGGAACAUUUUCCAUCUUGUCCUUUGACUGUGCAAUAUCGGAUCCUUCUCUGUAAGAGGACCAUGUCCUUGCAGACAGUCAGUACAGGUCACAGCCACUGCCACGAGGACAGGGAUAGACCCCGUCUAUUGUUUGAAUAUUGUUUGAAGCUAUAGAAUGAAAAAGAUAUUGUUUGAAGCUAUGGAACUUCAGGGAUUUUUUUCUGUGUCCUAAAAACAACCUCAUUGACUUUUAAAUGGAAUAACAUUAUAUUUGUGGCUGAUUUCUACAGUAAAUUAUGACCAUGUAUGUAUACCUAAAUCUA